AUGCUCACCUAUGCUGAAACACAUCCAUUCUCCUUGAAGACUAUUCCUAUGGCAUUGGUGAAUCGGUGGUUAAGAUUAAUGCCUGCAGUUCUCGUGGUGAUGGGACUGGCGAUGACAUGGGUGCCGCACUUAGGCUCUGGUCCAAUGUGGGACGCCGUGGUCAAACGUGAGCGGGACAUGUGCAGAAACAACUGGUGGCAACUAGUCAUACUGAUGCCAAAUCUUUUCCCAUUCGAACACCUGUGUUUGCCUCAGGCUUGGUCAAUAAGAGACAUAUUUGGAUACAAUGAUACGUUUUAUCACGCGUAUGUAUCAGCUCAGGGUAAUUGGGCUGGAUACCAUCUAGGAGUGGUGACCGCUUACUUCUACCACAGAGCGCAACAGGAGAAGUGGAAUUUACAGGACUCACUUCUCUUGAAACUUCUCUUUUUGGCAUCAGUGCCUGUAGCCCUUUUUGCAGUAUUAAUGGGCUGGGAUCUGCAUCAUCGUGAAGCUUCAGCCUUGGAAGCUGCUGUGUUCAACGCACUGAACCAAAAUUUCUUCGCUUUAGCGAUGUGUGUCUUUAUCAUUGGAUGUUUCUAUAAAUGUAACAGAAUUUAUGUAGGUUCAGUAGAAUGGGGUCCACUACAACCCCUCGGAAGAAUGUCCUACUGUGCUAUGUUACUCCACGCUACUGUAUUGAGAACUUAUGGAGGUCAAUUGAGGAGGUCUUUUUACGCCACCGACUAUACUGCCAUAAUGUUAUACGCCGGUAUAGUCUGCACUACAUACAUUUGGGCUCUCCCUCUUUAUUUGUUCGUGGAAGCGCCGGCUUGCCAACUCCAGAAAAUUCUAUUAGGACCAAAAAGGAAACCUAAGGUUAUGGAAGAUAGCAAUGGCAACCAAGUCAAGCCUGGGAUUUCAACUGUGUCCGUGUCAAUAGUUUCGACUCAUAUAUAG